AUGGGCAAGAUGGGCAAGAUGGGCGUGGAGAAGGACAUGCAGCAGGAUCCUCCUUGCCAUGCCAGAGCAUGUGCUAUCCAGGACUGCAUACAGAAGAACAACUACAACGAGGCCAAGUGCAGCAAAGAGGCAUGCGCCUAUCACGGAGCCAUUGAGAGGCGUCGCUGA